AACGGGAUUAAAGUGUUCGUCGACAUCUCAGGCGACGCAUCCUCCUCCUUGCGUAGCGGUGUCUAGGCCUCCGGCAUUUCAUUGAAGCGGCCAUCCUUCUUCUCCGAUCUGCCUGAACAGCUCGAUUCGAUCCGGUAUGUCUUUACUCAGUAUUUUUGUAUCCUAAGGUUAUUUUUCAGAUUCGAGUAAAAUCUAUACGUUUAUUUUCAAUCAGAUGCUAAGAUGAGAUUUGCAGAUUAAUCGUUUACUAGCACUAUAGCAGGUCGAUAGUUUUAUCGGAAUUUCGUUUCCUAGCAGGUCAAUUUGGUUUAUUAGCAGGGUUUAGGGCUUAGUAGCUUUACCGGAAUUUAUUGGCUCCGUUUGUUCUGUUGCAGGUCAAUAGUUUUACUGGAAUUCUCGUUCUGUAAACACUUCCCCAACCUGAAGAAAUGGUCGGAUGGCAUCGGAAUCUGCCUUCCUUGCUGCGUCAGGCUGGGAGACGAUUUGGACAUCCACAUACUGUGAUUUCCAACUCCUGCUUUCACGCUAAGGCUUCUCCAGUUAUCGGGCAGGUAUCUUAUUCCAAUAGUAUGAGAAAUUUGCUUCGUCCAUGCAUCCCAAGGACGUCAUUCCAAUAUCUACAGACAUCUGGGCUCUCUGGCUCGAGAGCAUUGCGCGAUGAUGCAACACCCGUAUCUUCCCUAUUAACACCACAAAUAACAUCAGGUGAUGGUAAAACUGAGGCUGGGAAAGCAAUCUUGAAGCCCUCUACAGUUCAGGCAGUUUUGAAAGGAAUAAAACAGAGUCCAAAAAAAGUAAACCUGGUGGCUGCAUUAGUUCGUGGAAUGCGUGUUGAAGAUGCGUUGUUACAGUUGCAAGUGACAGUCAAGCGAGCUGCAAAAACAGUUUACCAGGUUAUACAUUCAGCUCGAGCAAAUGCUACCCACAAUCAUGGGUUAGACCCAGCCCGUCUUCUUGUUGCGGAGGCAUUUGUGGGGAAAGGACUCUAUCUGAAGAGGGUAUCUUACCACGCCAAGGGCAGGUCUGGUGUAAUGGAAAGGCCACGGUGUAGACUGACAGUUGUGGUCAGGGAGAUCACUCCCGACGAGGAGGCUGAGAUUGCUAAACUGAAAGUCGUCAAGUUCCGGAAGCUCACGAAACGCGAACACCGCCUGGUCCCACAUAAGCUCAUCGAGACGACUCCAGUGUGGGCCCGCAGAACGAAAUCUAGGAAUAACAGACCAGUUGCCGAUGAUGAUGUUGCUGCUGCUGCUUGAGCUGGUGUGGUGUCGCGUCCUUGGUAAACAUCUGCCUGAAUUUUUUGUCUUAAAUCUUUUUUUUUCUUUUGUCAAACUAAUUCAGAGCCUAAAUGUGCUGCUUGAUGUUUUUAAGUUCAUUAUAAGAGAUGAUUAUUCGAUUCACCCAACUUUAGGGCCAUUUUGGCGAAUACUCUCCCUAUGAAUAUCUCUUUGGUUAUUUUGUAUUAAUUUUUCUAAGUGUUGUUCACGUGUUCAUCAUGGUUCAUCCCUAAAAAUAAAUGUGAAUAAUUCCU